UAAUUCCGAAUAUUAUUUAUUUAUUACCCUCUCCUCUAUCUCUCUCUCUCUCUCUUGUUGUGUGUUUUUCUUCUCUUGAUCUUUUUUAGUUGGGUUGGGAUGGGAAACUGAAUCCCUCUGUCUCUGCAUAUCUGCAGAAGUGUCUUCCUUCUUUGUUUGUUGUUCAGAGAAGCUCAAGCACCAGGAAGAGAACAGUGAAAGAGAAAAGUGAAAAAGUGGAGUAUCAGGCCACAUAAACAGACUCGGGGGGUGAUAAGUAAUAUUAGCAGUAUAAUCAAGAUCAUCAAUCUGUCUUUCGAGGAGAUCAUCGUGUUCGUGUGGGAUUUCCAAAGAGUGAUUCUUUAGCAACUGCAACUCCUCAUGGCAGGCAGUAAUGAAGUAAAUGCUAAUGAAUCAAAGAGAGUGGUUCCGCUUAAUACAUGGAUUCUGAUAUCACAUUUCAAGCUUGCUUACAACAUGCUCCGGCGGGACGACGGCACAUUCAACCGUGAUCUGAAUGAGUAUCUUGACCGGAAAGUGCCUGCAAACGCUAAUCCCGCUGAUGGGGUUUACUCUUUUGAUGUUGUAGAUCGGGCCACAAGCCUCCUCAGCAGAGUUUAUUUGGCUGCCAAUGAGAAUGAGCCUCAAUGGGGGAUUGUUGAACUGGAGAAGCCCUUGAGUACUACUGAAAUUGUACCCGUAAUCAUCUUCUUCCACGGCGGAAGCUUCGUUCAUUCCUCAGCCAAUAGUGCUAUCUACGACACGUUCUGUCGGCGCCUCGUCAAGACUUGCAAGGCUGCUGUGGUAUCUGUGGAUUAUCGUCGAUCGCCCGAGCACAGGUACCCGUGUGCAUAUGAUGAUGGAUGGGCAGCUCUAAAGUGGGUUAGCUCGAGAUCAUGGCUUCGGAGUGGGAAAGAUUCUAAGGUUCAUGUGUAUUUGGCGGGGGAUAGUUCUGGUGGUAAUAUUGCUCAUCAUGUUGCUGUUCGGGCAGCGGAAGAGCCCGGUGUUGAGGUGUUGGGUAAUAUUCUUCUUCAUCCGUUGUUUGGCGGGCAAGAGAGAACAGAAUCCGAGAGAAAAUUGGAUGGGAAAUACUUUGUGAGGAUCCAAGACAGAGAUUGGUACUGGAGAGCAUACCUUCCUGAAGGGGAAGAUCGGGACCAUCCAGCAUGUAAUGUAUUUGGCCCCAGGAGUCGUAGCCUUGAGGGGCUUAACUUUCCGAAAAGCCUCAUCGUUGUGGCUGGAUUGGAUCUUCUCAAGGACUGGCAGUUGCGUUAUGUCGAAGGCCUCAAGAAGUCCGGGCAAGAAGUCACACUCCUUUAUCUCGAGAAGGCAACAAUCGGAUUCUAUUUCUUGCCGAACAACGACCAUUUCCAUUGCCUAAUGGACGAGAUGACAAGCUUUAUCCACUCUUAACUGUUUAUACAAAAUCACCUUAAUUAACUUCAGUUACAGGCAGCCAUACAUAAUCGAAGCUUGACAAAUAACUUCGCGGCUCUUCUUCCACUCCCUUCGUCAGCAGCAGCAACAGCAGCGGUGGUGUGUAGUUAUAUGGUUGUGUAGAAAAUUACUGCUUUUGUUGAUAACUUUGUCAUUUGUGGCGGUGAUAUGAUGUUUUGCACCUGGUGCAGUAUCGUCUCCUUGAAAAUUGUCGCCAGGCUGACCUGGCUCCUUCCAUGGAAGAGGAAUCCAUAUCGGGAGCUCAGAGACCACGGUACCUCAGCUAUUAGUAUUAUAACUCGGUUAUGGACUUAAGCAGCGUAGCAACUCGAUAUCAAGAUUACCCCACGGCCCGACUUCCGGCAUUGUAGGAGGCGGCGAGGGUAUUCAUGUUAAUGAUAGAAACUACUAAUUCAAUACAUGGAUUGGGAAAUCCAUGGUAUUGUGAUCUGUACUUAUACGUCUAGAAAUAUAUAAAUAUUUUUUGUGUUAAUAUCUAACAAGAACGCUAUGCAGCCGACUUUGCUUACUAUGUAUGUUUACUAUAAUACUAAUUAGAAGAAUAGUGUGUAAAUUUGAAAUCCCCAUAGCUUGGAAAUGGGCAGUAUCUAAAUUUGAGUUUCAAGCAA